CUUUCCAAGACUGCAAGACAUCUUACAUACCUUCGAGCAUAUUCAUAUUCAUUCUCGCGCAGAGAUAUAAAGCUCGCACACACACAUAUUAUAUAAACACAUGAUUCCUGAAUAUGAUGUCAUUGUAAGCAUGUAUAUAUAAGAGCUGCAUGUGCGAUAUCAUCGAUCAUCGCCAUCACUUUAAUGAGAAUGUAAACAUGUGUUUUUGAAGCCGAUAUAGUCUUCUUCCUCCUUCAAGAACUUUCUUUCCAAGUUUCUCAAGUCGUCUCUUGGGUUUUCACAAGUCAAAGCUGAGUAAGACGUUAGCGACGACUCUUCUCGCCGGCGGCCGCCGUGUACGGCGGAAUUUUUGUUAGCUAUGUCCCGCAUUUCAGCCACUUCGACCACUCCUUCCCGCGUGAGAACCGCCAAUUCGCAGUACUCAGUCAUUUCUAGACCUAGAGCCCAAGACGACAACGGUAAACCGAAAUCCUCCGGUCACGAUGUGAAGAGCGAUCCCGCUAAGAACCGGCGAUCAAUUCUGCUUAAGAGAGCAAAAUACGGCGAGGAGGAGACGGCGGUUUUGGCUCCUCAGAGAGCUCGGUCUGUGAGUCGUCCGGCGGUGGUUGAGCAAUUCGGUUGUCCGAGGCGGCAGAUUUCUAGGAAGAGCGAAGAGGCGGCAAUGGCUGCUGCUGCGGCGGCGGAGGAGGAGGAUGAGAAGAGGAAGAAGAUGGCGGAGUUGGAGGAGAAGCUUGUAGUGAACGAGUCGCUGAUUAAGGAUUUGCAGGCGCAGGUUUUGAGUUUGAAAACGGAGCUAGAGGAAGCUCGUAACUCAAAUGCAGAGCUGGAGUUGAAGAACAGGAAGCUUUCUCAGGAUCUUGCUUCAUCCGAAGCGAAGAUCUCGUCGCUUUCCUCUAAUGAGAAGCCAGCUAAAGAACACCAGAACACACGAUUUAAAGAUAUCCAGAGAUUAAUCGCUAGCAAAUUGGAGCAAUCCAAGGUUAAAAAGGACGUAGUUGUAGUAGAAUCGUCAAGCUCCAUUAAACAAAGAUCAUCUCCUUCACCUUCAAGAUUACCUACAUCGCCGCCGUUUCCAAAGUUUUUGGUAUCUCCUUCAGGUAAAAGAGACGAAGCUUCUUCUUCACCCAUUGCACCACCAACACCACCGCCUCCGCCUCCUCCGCCACCACCUAGACCACUCGCCAAAGCAUCUCGCGCUCAGAAGUCACCUCCAGUUUCACAGCUGUUUCAGUUGUUGAAGAAGCAAGAUAACAGUAAGAACCUCUCGCCUUCUGUUAGUGGAAACAAACCUCAAGUUAACAGUGCUCACAACAGUAUAGUCGGAGAAAUUCAAAACCGUUCCGCUCACCUUAUCGCUAUAAAAGCAGACAUUGAGACAAAAGGGGAUUUUAUCAAUGAUCUUAUCCAAAAAGUUCUGACCACUUGUUUCUCGGAUAUGGAAGAUGUCAUGAAAUUUGUUGAUUGGCUUGAUAAAGAACUUGCAACUCUGGCUGAUGAGCGAGCUGUGCUAAAGCAUUUCAAGUGGCCUGAGAGGAAAGCCGAUGCCUUGCAAGAGGCUGCAGUUGAGUACCGUGAGCUAAAGAAACUCGAAAAAGAACUUUCUUCCUACUCCGAUGACCCGAGCGUUCACUACGGUGUUGCCCUGAAGAAAAUGGUCAACUUACUAGACAAGUCGGAGCAGAGGAUAAGGAGGCUAGUCAGAUUACGUGGCUCGUCCAUGCGUUUGUACCAAGACUUUAAAAUCCCAGUCGAGUGGAUGCUUGACUCGGGAAUGAUGAGUAAGAUUAAAAAAGCAUCGAUCAAGCUUGCUAAAACCUACAUGAAUAGAGUUGCGAACGAGCUAGAAUCAGCUCGUAACUUGGAUAGAGAGUCUACUCAAGAAGCUUUGCUUCUUCAAGGAGUCCGGUUCGCUUACAGAACGCACCAGUUUGCGGGAGGGCUCGAUCCAGAGACAUUAUGUGCAUUAGAAGAGAUAAAGCAACGUGUUCCGAGUCAUCUCCGUCUGGCACGGGGGAAUUCGGCCGGAGCUCCGUCGUAGAAAAGUAACCAGAGAAAUGUGAGGGAUAUGGCAUUUGGUUUUUGGUUAUAAAAUUCGUUUUAGUGUUUGUUGAGUCAGUCAGUGAGUACAUGUUGUGUGUCCCACGCCACGUAAUAAUAAUGUUAAAUGUAUCUAUAAAAUGUGCCUCCAAUGAAAUUACUUUAUACAGAAAUUAUACAUUUUCUUCUUGACUUUCGUAUAAAAUAUUCCUCGAAUUUACCGA